AUGCCUCCAGCCAUCUUGCGAAGCAGCCCAGAGCUCAAGAUAGUUCUGGAAAAUGGGACUACCUACAUGAGCGGCGAGACAAUCUGUGGUCAUGUGCUCCGAAAGUCCCCCUCUGUGGACCCGGAUACCUCUAUUUUCGUUCGUCUCCACGGGCGGACCGAGGUGAAAAUCUCUAGUGGGGGCAUGACACAACAAAUGAUUCGCAGUUGUUUCAACUUCUUCGAUGGCUCUAGCGAAGCCCUUCAGAUACAUCAGGGCCCUAUCCACAUCCCGCCCAAUAGUUCCGAGUACGGGAGAUGGCCGUUUGCCAUUAUACUCCCUAAACACCCUAACCUAGCGUCUUUGAAAAGGAAUAACGAAGAUGAAAAGAGUUUUUUACCUCUUAGUGACGUCUCAUCGCAAGGACUGCCUCCGACCUUUUGGGUGAAGGACCGGAAAGGUGGUCGACAUACCGAAGGAUUUGUGGAGUAUUACCUAGAAGCGACGAUGUGUUGCAGCAGCAAGCAAAAGGAUCCGUUUGGCAAGAAAAAGCAUAAAGAAUUCCAGGCUAUUCAACCACUCUAUGUGCAAUCGAACUCGUCGCCAAUUCCUAACGCCCUGAACACCAAGCAUCGUUCUGAGUUUAGGCUAGACUUUAGACCUUCUAUCGGCCAAACAAUGAAGAAGAUGCUUGGUUCAUCCCAAAGUCCAGGCUAUUCGUUCUCUCUCAAGUGGGACUUUGCCACUGACCUACAGAUCGGAAGCCCCACUACUAUUCCUUUGCGGUUGCAAGCAAACACAAUUUGGAAGGAUACAAGUGAAGUCCGACAAACAAUGCCGCCAACGAUUCUAGUCAAGCAGUUCACUCUGGCCCUGAUAUCGACAGUGCACUGCAAUUGCAAGCAGUUAAAGUUUCAUCCUGACGGAAUACGGGCAAACUCCUCGCUCAUCUUAGCGGAAUAUACUUGGUCUAAAGCCAAUGGAACACCGCCGAAGGCUCAAUCGCAUGCACCUCCGGGCGCAGAUAUGCUCAUUGUACCUCAGAAUAGUACAUCUGUUAUCGACCUAGGUAGUGCUCUAGGGAUACGGACACCCACGAGCUCUAGAGGGGCGGAGAUAUACCCGACAUUCACGACAUACAAUAUUAAGAAUGAACAUCAUAUUGAGUGGGAGCUGACACUCACAGCUGCCGGAGAAGUUGCUAAGUGUGGAGGAUAUCAACCAGUUACUGUGAUAGGGCCAAGCUCCAACUUGUGA